CAGGCACCUUCUACGCGUGUAAGAAUUAAGAAGCAGCCAAACACUUGUCCAAACAAAAGCUCUUCCCUUUCUUUUUAACCUAAUCGCAGAAGAAAUUAACAUUUUCUCUCCCAGAUAUUUACUUUCUCACCCACCAUUCCCCUUUUCUUUUUUAUAUCUGUCUGUCUCUUCCGCAUGUUCCAUAUAAUGCAAAACAGUCAGCCAUACAUUCUCCUCUCUUUCUUCUCCAUCACUCAGCCAUGACUUCCACUGCCGUCGCCGCCACCGCCGCCGCCACCACCACCACCACCACCACGCUUCCUUCACUUCAUAAGCGCAAAAACAUCAACGUCAACACUGUCGACGGUGUUGAAAUGGUCAAGAAGAUCGCUAACGGCAAUGGCGCCGUCGUCCAUGGCGUUUACGGGUUUGAUCCUUCGUUUAUGAAAUGGACAGUGCAUGAUGUGGUCAAUGUAGUUAAGUUCCAUUGGUUGCCGUGCUUUUUUGGGCUUGGGUUGUUGUUCUUCAUGGCCGUGGAAUACACGCUCCGGAUGGUUCCGGCGACAUCACAGCCGUUUGACUUGGGGUUUAUUGCCACGCGCUCUCUCCAUCGGCUGCUUUCCUCCUGGCCAGAGCUUAACACUUUGUUGGCUGGUCUUAAUACGGUGUUCGUGGGGAUGCAAACAGCAUAUAUAUUAUGGACAUGGCUAAUAGAGGGCAGACCAAGAGCUACCAUCUCGGCUUUAUUCAUGUUCACUUGCCGAGGGAUUCUUGGCUACUCCACUCAGCUUCCACUGCCUGAGGGAUUUCUUGGAUCAGGAGUGGACUUCCCAGUAGGGAACGUGUCCUUCUUCUUGUUCUUCUCAGGGCACGUUGCAGGGUCUGUGAUAGCAUCUCUGGAUAUGAGAAGAAUGAAGAGGUGGGAAUUGGCAUGGACAUUUGAUGUGCUUAAUGUUCUACAAGCGGUGAGGCUUCUUGGCACCAGAGGUCAUUAUACAAUUGAUUUAGCUGUUGGUGUGGGUGCUGGUAUUCUCUUUGAUUCGCUUGCUGGGAAAUAUGAACAAACCAAGAUUAAGUGCUCAAAAGAAGAAGCUCUCUUUAGUUAAAAAGACAAGGAAACAACUAGUAUAGGUGUAGAGGAGGAGGAGUAGCCAGCCCAUAUCAGGGUAAAGGUGAAAAUCAAUGUACCUUUGAUAUGUCAAAAGACUUGCAAUACAAAGAGAGAAAGGGCGUAAAAUGAUCUUUCAUCUUUAAGCUAAAAUGUCCACUUCAACUAUUAACUAAUCAAAAUAUCUCCAUUAGGAGCUUCUAGGAAACUUGGUUGGUUUGAACAAUUCAAGUACCUAAAGGUUUGGAUGGAAAAUGUGAAACAAAGUAAUUAUUUGUGCCCAGGUGAUUGGAUGUGGUGGCGGUCCUUAACUGCCUCUAAUUGCAUUUUGCUUGAAUAAAGUCAAAGAUUAGAAA